AUGGGGGCUCCUCCACCUCAGGCAGAAGGGCCCUGGGUCCAACUCCAGAAACUUCUGGCCUCCUGGCUGCUCAGAGAGCAGGACUGGGAUCAGCAUCUGGAUGAGGCUCACAUGCUGCAGCAGAAGAGGAUCCAAGAGUCUCCAUUGCUUCAGGCAGCCAAGAAAAAUGACCUGUGUGCCUUGAAGAAACUUCUGCUGGACCGAAACUGUGACUUCCGACAGAGAGGAGCCUUGGGGGAGACCGCGCUGCACAUAGCGGCCCUCUACGACAAUCUCGAGGCCGCCAUGGUGAUGAUAGAGGCUGUCCCGGAGCUGGUCAAGGAGCCCACCUUGUGUGAGCCAUUUGUAGGUCAGACCGCACUGCACAUAGCCAUCGUGAACCAGAACGUGAACUUGGUGAGAGCCCUCCUUGCCCACGGGGCCAGCGUCUCUGCCAGAGCUACAGGCACAGCUUUCCGCCGCAGCCCCCGCAACCUCAUCUACUUUGGGGAGCACCCUUUGUCCUUCGCUGCGUGCGUGGGCAGUGAGGAGAUCGUGAGGCUGCUCAUUGAGCAUGGAGCCGACAUCCGGGCCCAGGACUCCCUGGGAAACACCGUGCUGCACAUCCUCAUCCUGCAGCCCAACAAGACCUUUGCCUGCCAGAUGUACAACCUGCUGCUGUCCUACGAUGGGCGCAGGGAGCACCUGCAGUCCCUGGACCUCGUGCCCAAUCACCAGGGUCUCACCCCCUUCAAGCUGGCCGGAGUGGAGGGCAACAACGUGAUGUUCCAGCACCUGAUGCAGAAGCGGAAGCACAUCCAGUGGACCUACGGGCCGCUGACCUCCACUCUCUACGACCUCACCGAGAUUGACUCCUGGGGGGAGGAUGUGUCCUUUCUAGAGCUCGUGAUUUCCUCCAAGAAGCGAGAGGCUCGCCAGAUCCUGGACCAGACCCCAGUGAAAGAGCUGGUGAGCCUCAAGUGGAAGAGAUACGGACAGCGGUACUUCCACAUUCUAGGUGCCUUGUACUUGCUCUAUAUGAUCUGCUUCACCACCUGCUGCAUCUACCGCCCCCUCAAGUUCCGCAUGGGCAACCGCACAGAUCCCCGGGACAACACAGUGCUCCAGCAGAAACUGCUACAGGAGGCCUAUGUGACCCAGCAGGAUAAAAUCCGUCUGGUGGGGGAGCUGGUGACCAUCACGGGGGCUGUGAUCAUCCUGCUCCUGGAGAUCCCAGACAUCUUCAGAGUUGGUGCUUCUCGCUAUUUUGGACAGACUAUCCUCGGGGGACCGUUCCAUGUCAUCAUCAUCACCUAUGCCUGCAUGGUGCUGGUGACCAUGGUGAUGCGUCUCUCCAACAUGAACGGGGAGAUGGUGCCCAUGUCCAUUGCCCUGGUGCUGGGUUGGUGCAGUGUUAUGUACUUCGCUCGAGGAUUCCAGAUGCUUGGUCCCUUCACCAUCAUGAUUCAGAAGAUGAUUUUUGGAGACCUAAUGCGUUUCUGCUGGCUGAUGGCUGUGGUUAUUCUGGGAUUUGCCUCAGCGUUUUAUGUCAUUUUCCAGACAGAGGACCCAUCCAAUCUGGGGCACUUCUAUGACUAUCCCAUGGCACUGUUCAGCACCUUUGAGCUUUUCCUCACCGUCAUUGAUGGGCCUGCCAACUACGAAGUGAACUUACCCUUCAUGUUUGGCAUUGUCUACUUUGCCUUCACCAUCAUUGCCACGCUGCUCAUGCUCAACCUAUUCAUCGCCAUGAUGGGUGAUACACACUGGCGGGUGGCCCAUGAGCGGGAUGAGCUCUGGAGGGCCCAGGUGGUGGCCACCACGGUGAUGCUGGAGCGGAAGCUGCCUCGCUUCCUGUGGCCUCGCUCUGGGAUCUGCGGGUGCCAGUAUGGGCUGGGGGACCGCUGGUUCCUGCGAGUCGAGAACCACCAUGAUCAAAAUCCUUUGCGAGUGCUUCGCUAUGUGGAAGCUUUCAGGGGCUCAGACAAGGAGAAUGGACAAGAACAGCUUUCUGAGAAGCAGCCUUCUGUUUCUGUGACCGAACGUGAGACCCUAGCCAGAGCCUCUCUGCACCCCCCAACCCCGUCCCUGUCCCGGACCACGUCUCACAGCAGCAGCAGCCACCGGGGCUGGGAGAUCCUGCGUCGCAACACACUAGGACACGUGAACCUUGGGCUGGACCUUGGUGAGGGGGAUGGAGAGGAAAAUAUCUAUCAUUUAUGAUGAGGACCCCUGUCACUGUUGGCCUGACAAACGGGUGGGCCUAAAUGGAGGGAAGUAUCUGAUUUUA